UUCCCAAACCCCAAAUUUAUUUAUCUUUUACCCUACAACCCCUCCCGUCAAAACAAAAACCCCCAUUAAAACCUGAACCAAAAUUCCAAACCCUCCAUUUUCUCUCUCUCACUCGCACACACCCAGAGUGACGGCAAUGGCUUCCGCAGUCUCCAAUGCCUUUCAUUGCCCUAAAUUACACUUCCCCCAAAGGAAUUUGCGGCCCAAAGUCUCAAAUUUUCCACCUUCAUCCGUCAGAUUUCCCAGAGCAGUACAGCAGAAUAAUAGAAGGGUGUUUUGUGCUGCUGCAUCUGCUGCAGGAAGUUCUAAUCCAGACAGCAACUUAAAUCCCUAUGAGAUUCUGGGUGUGAGCCCCAUUGAGGGAUUUGACAUGGUCAAGGCAGCAUACGCGAAAAAACGGAAAGAAGCCGAGAGGUCAGGUGAUGAAGCAACUGUUGUCAGACUGGAGAAGGCCUAUGACAAAGUCAUGAUGGAACAAUUAACAAAGCGGAAGAAGGGUGUGACAUAUGGUACAUUCAAGGUUUCGAAGGACAUCAAAUAUGCUGAUAAGCAGCCAAUCGUACCAUGGGGGCCAAGGUUCACCAAAUCCAGUGAAAAAGAUAUGCGUAUCAACAUGGCAAUAUCUGCUGUAUUUGCAGCAUGGAUUAUUAUCAAGCGCAGUGCUGAAUAUAAACCGUUGCAAUUUUUAGCUUUUGCUUUUGUUUAUCGGAUUUUCGAGAAGUUGAAGGCCUUUGAACCACCUGCAUCACCAACAUAUACAGAAGAAGGUGAAGAUUCAGGGCGAGCACUGCGAAUGGGAAAACGCCUGCUUCGUUCUCUAUCACUAGUUUUCGGCUGUAUUGCUGUUUCAUCGCUGGGAUACACUGGUCUUUUAAAUUUGAUCGAGUUUGUAGGUAGUUACAUACCUGUCUUUCUCUACAACAACCAGGAACUAUUAAUCACCACUUCAACCGCAGUGAUGCUUUACAUUAUGGCGUCGUUUUAUAGAUAAAGAUUUUCUCAAGAGAUUGAAGAGCCAUGCAGCAGCUUAUCAUUGUAGAAUCAAAUUCAUUAUCAAAAUUUUGCUAAAUGAGGUACUAAUUUUUUGAGUGAAGAAAAUAAGAAAACAAGCUAUUUUUAGUUUUAGCAUUUAAUUUUGUCUGUAAAAUAGUAUAUCUGCUUGGAAGAUUCUACCUGCUGAUGUAUUGCAAAUGAAACUUUCCUCUUUCCCUAGAUAUCUUUCUUCCCAUAAUAUAUUUUUUGUUCUCCUUCACAAGCCAAAAAGAACAUGCAUUGUUU